CACUCAGUGUCCACAUGAGAAUAUUGUUCCUCUGAAACAUUGCUGCUCAUCACUCACAUUUGGAGGUGAUUUUUUUUUAGCUACAGGGAUAAACAUUGUGUUCAGCAUGGGUCAAAACCAGCAGGUUCAGUCCCAGGAAGGAGAACUGGAGUUAAUGAACAUCCAGGACCUUUACAAGUCCUUCAUCAUGGAGUGUCCCAGUGGGUCUUUGUACCUGCAUGAGUUCAAGAGGAUGUUUGGAGUCCAAAGUGGAACAGCCGAGGCACAGUACAUGGAAAGCAUCUUCAAAGCCUUUGACAUGAAUCAUGACAACACCAUGGACUUUAUCGAGUACGUGGCUGCUCUGCAUCUGGUGCUGCGUGGGAAACUGGAAGAUAAGCUGCGAUGGUCUUUUAAAGUUUUUGACAACGAUGACAACGGUCGUCUGGAUCGACAGGAGCUGCAGAAGAUCGUCAAGAUCAUCUAUAAAAUAAAGAAAAGCACCAUGUCCGAUGACCCAGAGAUAAAGGAGCUGACUGUUGACCAGGUGUGCAAUCGCAUCUUUGAAGAGGUUGAUGUCAACAGUGACGGUCAGAUUACUCUGGAGGAGUUCAUUGAGGGGGCUCAGAGGAGUCACUGGGUGCAGAGCUUCCUGCGUCUGGAUAUAAACCCCAGUGGGUGGGUGCAGAGGUACCUGUGUGACAGAAAACUAAUGGGAUCCAAUUCCAAUUCCUGAAGGAUGCUGUUAAUCAAAGGGUAACCUCCAUGGCUGACAGAGGAGGCCGAUGCAGAAGGGACAGAACCUGCAGAUCCACCUGGGACUGAAUCCAAAAACUGGUGA